AUGGGGCUCCUUCUCCCCGGACGCGGCUUCUCCAACAACGUUCUGUGCCUUGAGCUCGAAGGUCCCGAGAUGUAUCCUCUCACGAUUAUUGACUUUCCCGGCAUCUUUUCUAAUACGACAGAACUGCAAAACUCGGAUGACAAGAAGAUGGUAGAUGAGCUGGUGGACAGCUACAUCCAACAACGGAACAGCAUCAUUCUCGUGAUCAUCGUCGCUGGAGAAGUCACCAACCAACGCAUAUCCUUCAACGGGUAA